AUGAAGUGUGACUUCGAUAUCAAGGAGCGCAACGCCAAUCUCCAAGAAGACCGUGUUUAUAUCUUCUUGGAUUGCUUGGAUGACCGACUUGACAAGGCCCCUAGAGACGUUCUUCAAAUGUCGCCAUUUCUCACUGUCGAGCAGGCAUAUGCUUUUGUCCAACGCGAAGAUCUCCGACAAGCUAUCGUAAUGGACACUCAGGCAUCGAUUGCAGCUGGUUGGCGGCCAAGGGAACUCAUCGGCUAG